AAGCAGGAGCUUCCAAGUUUUCACACUCACGUCCAUCGCCCUCCUCCUUCCUACGCGUCGUCGUCUUCCUCGGCUCCUCCUCGCCGCGGAAUCCCCCCUCCGCCUCGCGCGCGGCUCGCUUGCCCCCGCCUCCUCGUCGCGCGCGUCGAGCCGGAGACUGCAGCUGCCUCUCCGCUGCGCCAAGGUUCUGCGUAUCUUCCUCGCUAUUGUGGACCAGUCCUCCUACAGCGUAUGCAUGACACCCCCUGUGGCUCUUCGAAAUGAGCUAGAAGGGAUCUCCCGUUCUGCAAGAGUUGAUCUCUUCCGAGGCGUUAGUUGCAAUAUUGAGAAGGAGGUGUUGGCAACCUUGGCAAAUGGCCAGGAUUCACAUGCUUCUGAAACGAACGCUGGUUUCAGAGUUACAGAUAUCAGGCUCCCUAGCGGGGAUGCUUAUUCUGGUACAUUGUUGGGAAGCACACCAGAGGGUUCAGGGCGGUAUACCUGGUCCGAUGGUUGUAUUUAUGAUGGCGAGUGGAGGAGAGGGAUGAGGCAUGGGCAAGGAAAGACGACAUGGCCAUCUGGUGCCACCUAUGAGGGCGAGUAUGCCGGUGGUUACAUAUAUGGUGAAGGCACAUAUACUGGGCAUGAUAACAUCGUUUAUAAGGGACGGUGGAAGUUGAAUCGUAAGCAUGGCCUCGGAUGUCAGACAUAUCCUAAUGGGGACAUGUUCCAAGGUUCUUGGAUUCAGGGAGAAAUACAAGGCCAUGGAAAGUAUACAUGGGGAAAUGGAAAUACUUAUACCGGCAAUAUGAAAAAUGGUAAGAUGUCUGGAAAGGGAACUUUUACUUGGAAAAAUGGGGAUUCAUAUGAAGGUAACUGGUUAGAUGGCAUGAUGCAUGGGUAUGGUAUCUAUACAUGGAAUGAUUGUGGGUACUAUGUCGGAACCUGGACCAGGGGAUUGAAGGACGGGAAAGGCACAUUAUAUCCAAGAGGUUGCAGAGUUCCAGCUAGUGAUGAGCUUUAUAUCAAUAAUCUAAGGAACAGAGGUGUGCUACCUGACCUUAGAAGGCAGAAUCAUGGUUCGCGCAUACUUCACUCUUCCUCAGUUGACAUGGGAAACAUGAAGGUUGGCCUAAAUCGGGGAUCUUCAGGUUCUUCAUCUCGAAGGAACUCAAGUGAGCAGCCCAAAAAUGUCUCCUUAGAAAGACGGUGGAGUCUUGAGGUGGCUAUUGAAAAAUUCAUUGGCCAUGAAACUAGUGACAACUCUGGUCUAGAAAGUUAUGAAAACACUGAUGAUUCUGAUUUGCCUAUACUGGAAAGGGAAUACAUGCAAGGUGUUUUAAUCAGUGAGGUAGUGCUUAACAGGAGUUUUUCGGGCUCGUCAAAGAAAGCAAAACGUCGUCAGAAGAAGAUGGUCAUAAAAAAGCCUGGCGAGGCAAUAAUUAAGGGGCAUAGAAGCUAUGAUCUAAUGCUAAGUUUGCAGCUUGGAAUAAGGUACACAGUUGGAAAGAUAACACCCAUUCAAAAACGUGAAGUUCGUGCUUCCGAUUUUGGUCCAAGAGCAAGUUUCUGGAUGAACUUCCCAAAACAAGGAUCACGACUAACUCCUUCACAUCCUGCAGAAGAUUUUAAAUGGAAGGACUAUUGCCCCAUGGUUUUCAGAAAUUUGAGGGAGAUGUUCAAGAUUGAUGCUGCAGAUUAUAUGAUCUCCAUAUGCGGAAAUGCUGCACUGAGGGAGCUAUCUUCUCCUGGAAAGAGUGGAAGUGUCUUUUUCCUAUCACAAGACGAUCGAUUCAUGAUUAAGACUCUCCGGAAAUCUGAAGUGCAGGUUCUUUUACGAAUGCUUCCAAACUAUUAUCAUCAUGUCCACACUUAUGAGAACACCCUCAUAACUAAGUUUUUUGGCCUGCACAGGGUAAAACCUUCUAGUGGUCAAAAGUUCCGUUUCGUUGUAAUGGGAAAUAUGUUCUGCACAGAAUUGAGAAUCCACCGGAGAUUUGAUUUGAAAGGUUCAUCCUUAGGCCGUUCUACUGACAAAAUUGAAAUUGAUGAGAACACAACUUUGAAGGAUUUGGAUCUUAACUAUUGCUUUUAUCUUGAACCUUCCUGGCGAGAGGCUUUACUUAAGCAGAUACAAACUGAUAGUGAAUUUCUGAAGUCACAGCGGAUAAUGGAUUACAGUCUAUUGCUGGGUGUCCAUUACAGAGCUCCGCAGCACUUGCGUACACGUGCAUCAUAUCGACGAAGCAUGACAGCGGAAAGACUAACUGUUCUGUCAGAAGAAGAUGCUCAGGAGGAUGAUGCUUUUAACUACCCAGAAGGAUUAGUUUUGGUUCAAAGAGGUAACGACGAGAACAGUGUGGUUGUUGGCCCUCACAUUAGGGGAAGCCGAUUGCGAUCAUCAGCUGCUGGAUUUGGUGAGGUAGAUCUCCUGCUCCCUGGCACAGCGAGGGUUCAAAUUCAGCUCGGCGUCAACAUGCCUGCGAGGGCCGAGCAGAUACCUAAAGAAGACGAGAGCAAAUCAUUCUAUGAGGUGUACGAUGUGGUGCUCUACCUGGGCAUCAUCGACAUCUUGCAGGAGUACAACAUCACGAAGAAGAUCGAGCAUGCCGUCAAGUCCCUGCAGUACGACUCCGUGUCGAUCUCGGCUGUCGACCCUGAGUUCUACUCAGAGCGUUUCCUCAAGUUCAUCCAGACUGUCUUCCCUGAAAACUCGUAGCGCCUCAGCAAAUCAUCCUCAGUUAUUUUCUCCGGUGAUACUCCAUCCCAUGCCGUUUUAUACCUAGCUGGCACUAAUUUUGGGCAAACAAAUGAAGACAUAAUGUUGCGCAAGUUUCUGCCGACGUACGGGCCUGUGUACAGAAUUGAAGGGAGCGGCGGACUGUGUACCGAGCUCCAACAGCAUGCAUUUUGCUGAGAAGUGUUCCAGCUACAAUGUGAUUAGCAAGCGUUCGUUUACAUACACAAACCACGGAUUUAUUAUAGGAUAUCAAGGUGUCGAGAUGGGGUUAUGGAGAAUCGGAUUGAUGGGGUAUCAAGGUGUCAAGAUGGAGUUAUGGAGGAAUGUUUGGUGGUGGAAGGAAGGAAAGCAUCAGUCUCUUUGCUCGUGGGCAGGUGAUAUCUGGACUUGCCGACGAUUGAUGUCGCAGAAUUGCAAGCCUGGAAGUUGUCUGGAAUAGAUUCUUGGUCUACUUUAGUUGAUGUCCAUUUCAUUAAAAGCAGAAUGCUGCAAGCGUAUAUAUGUGUAAGAAUCGCCCUACUCCUUUUUUAAGAAAAGAAUGGGAACUAAAUUGCUACUCUUUCACUCGGAAA